UGCUGCACCACAAUCGAGUAUUUUCUUCCAGCACCGUACUGAGUCGGGUGCAGAACAGUAACCAGUCGGGUUCCAAUCUUUCCGUAUGGGUCUCUUACCUUAUAGAAAAAAAUGUAUAAAUUAUAAUUAUCACUUGUAGAGAGAAAGAAACUUAUGUACUGUCUUCAACAAUCAAAACUCCAAAAAAGACUUAUAUGUGGAAAAAAUGGCUGGAAGAGAACAAUAUUGAAUGGGUUUUACCCAUAUAUCAACAAGUUUCAUCUGAAAUAUGGGUUUACCGGUGUUUGGGCAUUUUGAUUCAUCCAAACGCACUUGUUACUGCUGAACAAUGUGCUCAACCUUACGAAUCCUAUGCAACUGGAGUUUUUAGCUGGAAGAGUGAUUUCACUGUUGCAUAUUUAAAUAAAAAUGAGUUGUAUAAAAUAACAUCAAUUGAAGGCCAUCUUUCGCAUAGAUUGACAACAUUUGGAUAUACUAAUGAACAGAACAUAAAGUGGAUCGGUAAAGAUACAGUUCCAGGCAUUGUCAUAAUGUCUUUCGAACAUCCAAUCGAUUCUUUGAGACCAAUGAAUAUUUCACAAUCAUUGUCAUUGAAAGAUAUUUAUGAUGCAAACGUUGAAAAAGAAUGUGUCCAUCUAAUAUUUAUGGAAGAUGACGAAACCAGUAGUUAUACACCCAAAAAAAUUAGAGAAUCAAUCAUGACUCGUUCUGAGCUUUUUGGUAGAUAUAAUAAGACCUACGAUUACUUGUAUCAGUCAAAUAAUAAUGUAUCCAUUGAAUUUGAUUCGGAUGCUAAUUUCUUCGGUACUCUAGACAAAUUGAAUCUCAAAUCAUAUGAUACUCAACGGGGUUUAUUGGGCAGUCCUAUAUUAUGCCGACGAAAUGAUAGUUACUUCUCACAAUACUCACUAGCUGGAUUAUUGACAAGUCAAUUGCAUAAUGGUUGGUAUGAAUAUUCAGGGGUAAAGCAAGAAGAAAAGUGGAUAAAAGAAAAAUUGUCUUAUUUAAAGUAACUUUCAAAUAAGUUAUUGUGAUUGAAGACGAUAAGAAAUAUUAUAGUUCUGAAAUGAAUCAUAUAUAUCAUAUACUCUGAUUAUAUUGUUGAAUAAUAACACGGUCAUGUGGGACAAGGGUGCGUACACUUACUUAUUGCGCACACUUGCCCCACGUGACUCCAUAUGUCACUAUAUAUGUUCUAUAUCAUAGAAUAUUCCAACCAAGAAUAAUUGUUCCGUGAGCGUUAUUCAAGGUCAAAAUUGAAAUCAUAAUCAAUUUCAAUAUUGUUUGACAUUUCCGGUGAAUACUAGCAAACUUAA